GUGCGUGUGUGUACGAUGUGUGUUGUCGGUUGUGAAUUUGAAAACGAUAUUGAAUAUUGAUAUUGAUCCACCUGCGAUUAACUUCGUCGACGACCGGCGGAUAUAUAUAAACUCGACUAUGAUUUAUGAUCGCACCGAAUAGAAACAAAACGAACAUCGAUGGACAACAGGUCACAUUAAAGGAAGCGUGAAAGAGACGUCAGCAGAGAGUGCGACAGAGAGGGUCAGACAAACAAGUCAAAUGUCAGAGGUUCGGCAUAGUCAAAUAAUUGAGCAAUUAAUUAAACCGGCGAAGAGAAAAAAAUUAUAGAAAAAUAGUAAGAAGCGGAGGAACCAAUAUUCGGGGUAUAAAAGGCCACAAAUCAUCAAGGGGGAGCAUCAUUAAGCCAACAACUGAAAACCACUCAACAUGCGUCUAUUUGUGACCCUUUGCUCUCUGUUGGCUCUCAGCCAGGCCAAGCCUCAGGGCUAUAACUAUGGCAGCGGAGUCUCCGGUUCUUUGACCACCUCCAGUGGAGGUUCUAGUGGCGGUUUCCUGACCGCUCCCAGCCACUCCUCGGUGGCUUCUUAUGGGCCGCUGGGUGCCUUCCAGACCGCCAGCGUUGGCUCAUUGGUCGGCAGCUCAUCUGUCCCCCAGGCUGUCAGCCAUUAUAGUGGUGGCGGCAACGGGGGCACCUACUCGACCGGUGGUCAUGGUGCAACCUACUCGACUGGCGGAAAUGGAGCUACAUACUCGACAGGUGGAAAUGGAGCUACCUACUCGACAGGUGGAAACGGAGCUAGCUACUCGACUGGUGGUUCCUCCAACUAUGGCGGUAGCUCCGGUAGCUCCUUCACUGGCUUUGGACCCUCGCCCAACAUUGGAUUUGGUGUUCUGGCCGGCUAUCAGGCACCCACCUACCAGCAGCAGCAAGAACAAGAGGUUCAGCGUGGCUUCCAGGAGCCUAUCAUCCACAAGCAGUUCUUCACCGUCGCCGCUCCCGAAGAGCAUGAGAAUCUGGAGCGUUCCAAGCAUCUGGUGAUUGGACGCCCACAGAAGAACUACCGUGUGGUCUUCAUCAAGGCCCCAUCUUCGAGCAAUGCCAACGUCAAACUGUCCGCCGAAUAUGCUCCCAAGGAGGAGAAGACCGUCAUUUAUGUGCUCAGCAAGAAGGACAACCAGCUGGAGGUCAACGAUAUUGCCACGCCCGCCCCCACGGUGCCCAGCAAGCCCGAGGUCUUCUUCAUCAAGUACAAGACCGAGGCGGAGGCUUCUCAUGCCCAGCAACAGAUUCAGGCCGAAUACGACAGGAUCGAGGGAACUUCGGAGCACCAGGAUGGUGGUGUGGCCCCUGCUCAGUCCGUGGUUGGCAUUUUGGAUGGUGGUGCUAUUGGUGCUGCCAGCUCUGGCAGCUCUCAAUACGUUUCCGGCAGCACUGGCUCCACUGGCGGCAGCUCGCACUACGUUUCCGGAGGCUCUGGCUCCACUGGUGGCAGCUACACCACCACUUCCACCUCUGGCGGCAGCUCCGGCGGAAUCUCUGGCGGUAUCACCGGUGGAACCAUCUCCGGCGGCAGCAUCAUCAAGAACGCCCAGAGUGCCACCUAUCUGCCACCCAAUGGCAAAUAGAUGACCACUCGCAUGGAUGUUUAGCAACAAUUUUACUGUACAGUUUUGCAAUAGUCAAUGGUAUUUUUUUUUUGAAAACUUAAAUAAAAUCUUAACGAAAUAGAAGAAUUUAAAUAAAGGUCAAGAUUUCUUUGGUCACGGGAAGGUAGAAGAAUUUCCUAAAAGCUUUAAUAAGUCUUAUGAAAAGUUCUUUAAAAACUGAUAUUGUCAACUAUAAUAUGUGCGCCUAAAAGUAUGUCAUGACUUUUUACUAAAGCCUUAAGAAUGUUAAAACUUGCUAUUAUUUGUAAUAUUUCAUUUCAGAAUCCUAAUUUGAAUUAUACCAGCGGAAAAUCACAUUCAUCACCGAUACGAUACCAAUCUGUACUUGGUUUUGAACUCAAGAAAAGUCUAGUAAGUUAUCUUAGCUAUAAUCCUAAUUAUAUAGUUAAUCCUAG